CUAUGUCGUCCUGGAAACUACAAGGCUAAGCUAGCUAUUUCCAAAAAAGGCAUAUGAUAACAGCCAGCUAGCUAGGUUUUUGGUUCUAUCUAGUCACCAUCUAUCUAAACCGGCGUUUCAAAUCCCCCCUUUUUUUCAGUAUAAUAUGGUGAUUUCAUCAAACAAAAACGGACAGUUACGGCCUAUCAGCUAAAUUCACAGUUCCUGUCUCGCGCCAAGUCUCCCAUGACCACUUGCUGCUUCGAUGCCGUUUUUGUUUUGAGAGGAUUUGGGACAGCUGUCAGGAGAUGCAGAGAUGAAGAAAUACAGGCUUUGGUGUCAGCUACAGUUUUUGAGGUCCCCAGGUCCAAGAUGACGGAAGAGGUGAUUGUCAUCGCCAAGUUUGACUACCUGGCUCAGCAGGACCAGGAGUUGGACAUUAAGAAGAACGAGCGUCUGUGGCUGCUGGACGACAGUAAGUCCUGGUGGAGGGUCCGUAACGCCACCAACAAGACCGGCUUCGUCCCCUCCAACUACGUGGAGAGGAAGAACAGCGCCAGGAAGGCUUCCAUCGUCAAGAACCUCAAAGACACACUAGGCAUCGGGAAGGUGAAGCGGAAAACGGGAAUGCGUGACACGGCCUCCAACGCGGACGCCGACACGUCCCCCGACAACGGCGAGCGCCUGUACGACCUCAACCUGCCGGCGCUCGUCAAGUUCAGCUACACCGCCGAGCGGGAGGACGAGCUCUCGUUGGUCAAGGGUACGCGCGUCAUCGUCAUGGAGAAGUGUAGCGAUGGCUGGUGGCGUGGGGGGUACCAGGGUUGUUCCGGGUGGUUCCCUUCCAACUACGUGACGGAGGACGCAGACGGGACAGCGGGGGGAGGAGGGGAUGACAGUUUGGGGGACCCGGCGGGGUCACUGACUGAGAAGCUAGCAGCAGUAGUUCACAGUGCGUCUAACGGGAACCGGGUCCUCCACUCGGUGCAGGCGCUCUACCCUUUCAGCUCGGGGAACGACGAGGAGCUGAACUUUGAGAAGGGAGAGGUGAUGGAGGUGGUAGAGAAACCAGACAACGACCCUGAGUGGUGGAAGUGCCGUAAAGCAGAUGGACAGCUGGGACUAGUGCCUAAGAACUACGUCAAUGUGCUACCUCCACAGCAGGACUCCACUACCCAGAAUGCCUCACCGGGCCCCGCGGGGCCGCCCACGCCCGACUGCGACUACAUCUCUCCGGCCACGGUGGGGCGGUUUGCGGGGAAGCAGUGGUACUAUGGCAAGGUGACGCGACAUCAGGCGGAGGUGGCUCUCAACCAGAGAGGAGCGGAGGGAGACUUCCUCAUCAGAGACUCUGAAUCAUCGCCCAAUGAUUUCUCCAUCUCUCUGAAGGCCCAGGGGAAGAACAAGCAUUUUAAGGUUCAGUUGAAGGAUGGUGUGUACUGCAUCGGCCAGAGGCAGUUCAGUUCUCUGGAGGACUUGGUGGAACACUACAAGAAGGCUCCCAUCUUCACCAGCGAGCAGGGAGACAAGCUCUACUUAGUUAAGGCCCUGGCUGCCUCUUGAUCACACACUCUUAAACACACACACACACACUGACAAACACACACACACACACACACGGAGGGAAAGAAGCAGUACAUACACUCAGACUGGAGAUUUCACAUCACUAGGACUACUUAUGUGCCAGGCGCUGUGAGCAAGAAGAAAAGGGAGGAGGAGGAGGAGGAGGAGAAGAAGGAGUGGAGAGGGGAGGAGGACAUUCUGUCAGACCUGUUGGUGGAUCAUGUGUUUAGGUCAUUAUGCCAUCUACUAAAUCUACACUGAACAAAAAUAUAAAACGCAACAUGUAAAGUGUUGGUCCCAUGUUUCAUGAACUGAAAUAAAAGAUUUAAAAAAAAAAAAAUGUUU